AUGACAAAAGCUGAAGGUAGCAGCAGGAAAGAAGAAGAGGCGGCGGGAGCAGAGGACGUUUUCAUGGAUCCACCAAACUAUGAAGAUAUUUACGGGAGUACACACAAUGACCUUCCCUCUACGUUUGAGAGGAGUGAUACUAGCACUUUAUAUGAGAACAACGCUACUCUUAAGAGCAGUAACAAGAAGGCGAAGCUGUAUAAGGUGGCUGCCGUAUUAUGUGAGCAUAUUGCCAACAAGCAAUGUGAGAGAUGUCGUUUGGGUGGAGAUGAGAAUUGCACACAUUUUACCGUGAAGAAGUUUAUAGCCACGGAGGCACUGAACAAAAUCAAUCAGAAGAGAGAUGCUUUAUAA